AUGUCGUUUAUGAAAGGGGAUUUGCUUUCUCGAACAAGAAAGAUCGUCAAGGGUUUAGCCAAGGCUGAACCUGUGUGGCUCAAAGCCAUGGAACAGGCACCCCCAGCAACAUUUCCGCGACCCGAGGGGAAAAUUCCGACCAUCACGCUUCCGGAAGAUGUUUAUGUAAAGAGAUUUUAUAAAAAAUAUCCAGAAUCUAAAUACCAUGACCCCAUCAAGUUUAAUGCUAUCGAUCCCCCUCCAUCUCGUUUAUUCGCCUUAAGGGUUCUUGAGUUGAAAGAGCAAGGCCUUAUUGAGGAAGAAGCAAUGGAAGUAGCAGAUAUGGAAUAUCUAGCAGAGAAAAAGGCAAAGAAGAAAGCGUAUGCCCGUCUGAAGCAAAUUGCGCGCCUCCAAGGAAAGAGACUGCCUCCAAAUCCAUAUCCUUGUCCUAUCAAGGAGAUCCAAGCUGAGGAGAGGAAAUACGUUCGCGAUCGUUUCUUCAAUCCCAAGAUACUUGAAAUUGUGAAACAAAAGAAAGAGGAAUCCAUGCAGAGAUUCGGAAGAGGCGAUUGGUGA